AAUUAAAAGAUAUUUUAUCCAUAACACUUUAAUCGCAAUUUUAAAAAAAUAAAUUUGUGUCGAUAACUUGGUAUCUCCGUUUAAUUGUAACGGUAACGGAUGAAAGAGAGAAUGAAAAAGAUGAUCCGAGUGGGCCCACCGCGUGUGACAGCGUUACAGGUAAUUUUGGCGGUAAGAAGGGAUUUUCCCUCGCAAAUUUCAAAACACGGCGCCUAAACCCAUCUUCUUCUUCUUCUUCUUCUUGAAAAUCUCCGCAUCUCAUUUCUCCAUUCUCUCCCAAUCUCUCUACCAUGGAUAGCGACGACGAAAUUCUCCCUUUUUCCUCCCCCGAGGGAGUUUCUCCUCCAGUCCGCGAAAGAAAGUUGAAGCGCUUGAAGAAAGCAAUUAGGGUUUCAGAUCCCCAAAUCGAGCAGCAGUCUGAUGUUGGAUCUUUUAUGGCGGAAGCUAAUUCAUCCCACUGUGAAAACUUAAACUUUGAAGUAGGGGAUGAGUUCUUGGUGUCUAGUUCGGGAUCGGAGGAUCUUGAUGAGGGAAAUGAUCUUGAUUCUGGAUUUACUGGUUUGGGUACUGAGGAUAAUGGUUUGGGGGCUAAGAGGGUUUUGGAUUUUGGGAACUUUAGCGUGGGAUCUGGUGAAUAUGGUGUAGAUCGAAGCAAUAAGACUGGAGAUGGCAGUGGCGAUGAUGCUUCUGUUGAGGAACCGGAGAAGAUUCAGCUUGAUUCUGAAUGUAUUGUGGAAGAGAAGGACAAGAAGAAGAGGAAGAAGAAAGAUGAUAGCGGUGAGGGUAACGAGACUGAUAUCAAACGAAUGUCGGAGAAGAAAAGAAGAGAACAUCUAAAACAACUCCACGCUGAAUCUCAGAGGCUGUUGCGAGAAACUAGAGACGCAAAGUUUAAAUCAGCACCACUUGUUCAGAAGCCUAUAUCUUCAGUUUUGGAGAAGAUUCGACAAAGAAAGUUAGAAGUUGCGAGAAAAUCUGCUAGUAUUAGAGGUACGUCUUUCAUUGACGAUAGUGACAGUUUAUCAGGGGAUGAUUUUGUACACCCAAGUACAGAAGUAAUCGAGUUAGAUGCUAGAGAAGGAGAUAGAGCUCCAGCAACUAUAGAUGAGGGGAAAGUUGCAGGUGGGACUGAAGCAGAGGGCAGUAUCCAUGGGCUGCAGAAGGAUGAAUCUAAUCAUAGCAUUGCUAACACCCGAGUAACAGUUUCAGCUCAGAUGGUUAUGAAUGAGGAAUCAAAGCAAUCACAAUCGUUUCGUGCUCCUAAUGAUGAUACUCAGGAUUUGUUUUCUGAUUCUCAAACAAGUGACUCUAAAAAUGAGACACCAAGCAGUCCUUUGGAAGAAGCUUUUGUGCCUUCAGUACUCGCAAUGAACUUGAAGUUUGACUCUGCCCCUCCAGAUGAUGUUACUUCUGAUGAAGAAGAGGUUGAUGAUGACAAAGAGAAUGUUAAUCCCCACCCAUCUGAAUCAGCUGGUUUGACUUUGUCUCCAACUGGUGAUCCUGUCAAAGCUUUUGUUGAUGAUGAAGCUGAAGAAGAGGAUGACAGUGACAAUGACCUGUUACGAUUCAAAGAUAAUGAUGAAGAUGAAGAUGAUGAAGAUCUUGAAGAUCUUAAAGAUAUGAUAGCAACAGGAUAUGAAGAACAGCCAAUUGAUAAUGAAAGACGCAAUGAACUUCACCAGAAGUGGCUUGAGCACCAGGAUGCAACUGGUACGGAAAAUCUUCUGCAGAAGUUGAAGUAUGGUUCAAACCUUAGAGGACCAUCUUUAAUUGAAGAGAAAGAAGGUAUGGAAGAUGAGGAGUCUGGUGAUGAUGAUGAUGAUGAAGCAUCGGAAGAGUUGACUCCAUCAAAUCUUGUGAAGAUGAAUUUAAAGAAAGUAAAGCAAAUGAUUCCUCAAAUGUUUACAGACAGCAACGAUGCAUACUUAUCAUCUGAUGAUGAUGAAACAGAAAAGAGGCACGCCAAACAGUGUUUGCUUGAGAAAGCUGAGCAGCAGGUUACUUUCUUGUCACCAGCAGAAGAUGAAAGUUCUAGAGAAGUUUUUUGUCGAAUAAAGAAGCUGAAUCUUGUGCCUGAUAUUAAGAGGAGAGCUAAAACAAAUACACAUUUUGAUAUGUCUCACAUGGGAGUAAACAGGAGCCUUUCAUCAAGGUCAUCUUUCCUUAGCCGGGGAGGAUCAAGUAAUUUGCCAUCCUCCAAGAAGCAAGGAUCAACAACAGCUCGCUCUUUUAUCUUUGAACGAGAUGAUAGCAAUAGUAGAAGCGCACUCACAGCAUCGGAGGAUGCUUCAGAAACGGACAAGCAAAUUCAGAGAGAGAAUCGACCAAAGGUAACAUCCUUUAAGAUUAGCAACUCCCAAGUAAAGAUAACCAAAAGCUCAUCAUCUGUAAAGAAGCAAGAUACUUCAUUGUUGGAUAUAUUAAAGCGAACUUCUAUGACAUCGAAGCGAUACAAAACUGAUAGUGUGGUCACCCGAACCGAUUCUAUGUUAGCCUCAUUCAAGUUGGUGAAGAAGCCGGUGAAGACAAAUGAAGAUCGUAGUUUGUAGCUGACCAUUCUAAAAUGCUGUACUACAUAUUCUACUGAUUCAUAUGAACUCAUUAAAUGUUUAUGCGAUUCACAUUAAUUGGUUGCAUUAUUGUUGUUGGAUGAAUUUUAGACAACAAGGAAACCAUAAACACUAUGUGAGUAUCCGUUUAAAGUAGCAAGUACUCAAGAAAUCACAAUAAUAAUAACUGAGACAAGAGGAGUGGUUGGACAAAGCUUGUUUGUCUACGCUAGCGUUAUGAAGUUUGUCAUUAGCUUUA